CUUUCCAAGGAGCUGAACAUCUACAAAUAACUUGUACUGAAGUUCUCCCAUCUGUGGGAUUUCACAGAAACUAAUUUGGACUAAUAUUUCUAAAUGGCAGGAGUUGUGUUUUUUCAUCAAAUAGGUAAAUAAAGCUAUCGCUAGUUCCCUUUCUUUAUCUAUGAAAUAAUGAUGUGAGAUUUUAUGUUAAUAUGUUUCUCUGGUUGACCUUAUUUUUAUGAAAGGAAAAAAAUUAAAAGAAAGAAGGGGAGAAAGAUAUUCAGCAGAAGAAAUUGGAACUAUUUGCCACUUUCUAUAUUUGCAUACAAUCACUUUAGCAAAAAGAGAUUACUUUCGUUUCACACCCUUUUUGUUUUCCUGACAUUGAGGAGACGCUACACGAUAUGUGUCACAUCAGCCUCCCAUAACCAAGAUGUUGGUCAGUAUUUAGAUAUAAUUCAAGUAAAAGUGAUUGAAAAGGCUUUUGUUUUCUCAAAAAAAGAGGAAUGUUUGUUUUCAUUUUACACAGUCCUGCUGUCAGCACUGUUAACACAAAAUUCAGUGACCUUUCUGGUGACAAUGUUAUUUCAAUUGAGAAAUCUGUGUCUGCCUUAUUUCCUCCUCCUGACAGGCUCUACACCAAUCAAAGAAGGCAUAGCUCAAAUGUAGGAGUGAACAACCGGAAUUAAAGUUCAGGUUGGCAUCAGAGGAGGAGAAAAAGCUUGACUUUUUUGUUCUUUAAAGCAGUUACUAGCAGGAAAGGAAGACUGUAUUACUGAAGAUCAGUAAAUUGCCUGAAAUAUUGAGAUGAUUUGGGUGAAAUAUAUCAUUCUAGUGCUCCUAUGGACAUGUUGUAAUUCCCAAAAUGUGUGUGAAGAACCACCUGAAGUUGAUUUUGGAGAGAUGGUAAGUGACGAAAAAGUUGCGUAUCAGAAAAGUGAUAGAGUACAAUAUAGGUGCUACCCUGGAUAUGCCUUGGAAGGGCCUGAUUGGAUAACAUGUGAAGGACCACAGUGGACCUCUCCACCAAAGUGUUUGGCAUCUUGUAGUAUCACAAGGCAGCAGCUGGAAGCCAAAAACCUCCUUUUGUCUGGUGGCCGAAGACGUUCCCAUGUGAUUGGAAAUAAUCAGACGCUAGAGUUCUUGUGCAGGGAAGGAUAUAUCCUCUCAGCUCCUUCAGUUAGGAAAUGUAUUGAUGGGAACAUGGAUUUGCCAUCCUGUAUCUCUGAAAGAGGGAAAAAAUGUAGCCGCCCACCAAGUGUUGCGAAUGGGGACACCAUAACUUUAUCUCAGAAAGAGUACACAUCUGGAUCUUCGGUAGAAUUCAGAUGCCAACGAUAUUAUGCAAUGGAAGGACAUAGCAGAUCUUUCUGUGACAACGGGAACUGGACAAAAGUGCCUGUCUGCUUAGAGCCCUGUGUUAUUUCAUUGGCUGAACUAGAAAGGCGGAAAAUGGGUGUGAAACUGAGGUCAAACGAGGAUGAGUUUCAAACUCUGUACCUUCCACACGGUGAUUCUGUUGAAUUUAAUUGUAAACCUGGACAUAGCUUGGCAACAAAUCUUUCCCAGUCUGCUUUUGAAAUCCAGUGCAGAGGAGGGCCAAUUGUGUAUCCUGAAUGUAAAGCAAUUAAAUGUGAUCCUCCAAGAUUGGCUAAUGGUACUUUCAGACCCGAGAGGACAGUUUACCAGGAUGGGGAUCUAAUUAAGAUUGAGUGUGACCAUAGAGUGCAAACAGCUGAGACGCAAACGAUUGCAGAAUGUACAAGGAAUGGAUGGUCUCCACCACCACAAUGCAAUGCUGGAGGAAACUGUGGCCAUCCUCCCUCUAUUCAAAAUGGAGAUGUCCUCAACCCUCUUCAAGCACAGUAUGCACCGGGCACAACAUUACAAUAUAAAUGCCAAUUCUUGUAUGUAAUGAAUGGAAACUCUCAAGUACGUUGUGAAAAUGGUCAUUGGACAGAAGCUCCAACAUGCAUAGAUGCAACAUGUACAAUAUCUGAAGUAGAUAUGGCACAAAACAACAUUCAGUUGAAGUGGACAAAUGAUAAAAAACUAUAUUCAGAAUCAGGAGAUGCAGUGGAAUUUAUAUGUAAAUGGCACUAUCGGAAGGACCCAUCUUCCCCUCCCUUCAGAACACAAUGUAUAGAAGGCAAGGUGACAUAUCCAAGAUGUAUCUAGGUUUUUUUCUGGAAAAAGAGGUGGCAGAACUCUCAAGAGGGAAAUGAGGAAGAAUAUUUUCAAGAGGUGCCAGAACUCGUUCUACCGCAUUCCUCCGCAUUCCAUUUCCUGCUGAAAAAAGAGCCCUGAACAGGGUUAUUAUGAUGAAGGAAAAGAAGGAUGCAACCAAUGUUUUAAAGCAAGAUUUGGCCUUCAAAAGUCAUAAUUUGCUUCUUUCAAAGUUGUCCUAUCAAGCAGCCUUUAUUAUCAUAUCUUUGGCA